AUGCGGAUACCAGCAGGAGCUCCAGUGCCAUUUUGGCUUGGUUUGCGAAACAAGAUGCCGCUGUUGAGCAAAUUUUCACGACCAACUCUUGGCACUAUCGCUGUGAUCAGCACAGUGGUGCUGACCGGUGCAGCAGUUUUCGCGGUAACCGUCUAUCCCAAAAUAGAAAACGACUACUACAAGAAUGCCCAGGCGAUGGAAAGGGCUCAAUUACGAGGCACUCGAGAAGAUUUUGCAUAUGGCAAACGUAUGUCCGAGGAAACUCAUUCACCUUUUGAGCAUACCGAUGAAGAGCACAGCAGAGAAGGCUCUGAGCAAGACAAAGGUGCCAUUCUAAAGAACGAUUAUGACUUGGAACAGUUUGCGGAUGAUACUGAAUCUCUCGAGCUGAACCACACCCGCGCUGACCAUAUUCCGGACCUUACACGGUUUACAAAUUUGAAGGAACUAAUUCUUCGCACUAACUUGCUUAAGACUAUGGGCUCUAAUCUGUGCCCUCUUACGAAUCUCACCGAAUUGGAUUUGUAUGAGAAUCAGAUCGAUGCAAUUGCAAAUCUGGAGCCACUGGUUAACCUCAAGAAGCUGGAUCUCAGUUUCAAUAGGAUACGUGAAAUUGAUGGGCUUUCAACCCUUACCAAGCUGACACAUUUAUACCUAGUCCAUAAUAAGAUAUCUGAAAUCAAAGGUCUCGACUCUUUAAUUGAGCUAGAGCUAUUGGAAUUGGGUGAUAACAGGAUUAAAAGAAUAGAAAAUAUCUCUCAACUUGUUAAACUACGAGAGCUAUAUCUUGGCAAAAACAAACUUUCGAAAUUAGAGGGACUUGAGACCUUGACAAAUUUAAGGAUACUCAGCCUUCCGGCGAAUCGAUUUACUAAAAUUGAGAACUUGGAAACGCUUGCUGAACUGCAAGAGAUUUAUCUUGACGACCAAGGGAUUGAGGACCUUUCUCCACUUGGCCUUUUGAAAAAGCUUCGUAUUGUGGAUGUAUCCUACAAUAGUGUUUCAUCGUUUGAUGGCGUGUCAGAGUUGAAAGAACUGACUGAUUUAUGGGCGAAUAACAAUCGCAUUUCGAGCUGGGCUGAAGUAGAGAAACUUCGUGGAUUACCGAAAUUGGAUACAGUAUACCUGGAACGGAAUCCCAUUUAUGAAGAAGAUCGAACUGGUUACCGGAGAAAAGUGAUGCUCACUCUUCCGCAGGUUAAGCAAAUUGAUGCCACUAUGUGUCGCUGA